AUGACCGCGCUGUCUGUCAACGCUGGCGCCACAUACGGCACGGCCGAGCUGCCGAAGCCCCAGAACUUCGAGGCGAGUCCGCGCCGCCGCCUGUCGCAAUGGUACAUCAACAUGGCCAUGAUCAACUUCGUCGAGUUCGCGGCCGAGUCUUCGCGCGGCGUCGUGCUGGCCACGCUCUUCCUCUACACCAAGUCGCUAGGCGGAGACCUAGCCUUCAUGGGCAUGCUCACGUCGCUCUUCUCGGUGGGGAGACUCAUCUCGUCCACGGUCUUCGGCUGGAUGUGCGACCACUACUCGUUCCGCUCGGUGUACCUGUGGUCGUCGGCCAUCUGCCUUGUGGGCAACCUCAUCUACGUCUUUGCCGACCAGCACGUGACCGGAAGCUUGACGGCGCUGGCUGCAAGUCGGUUCAUCGUCGGCUUCGGGGCCGGCAACCGCAGCGUGUGCCGCGCCGACGUGGCGUCGAUCACGACCAUCAACCAGCGACUCACAUACCUGACGAUGCUGGCCACUGUGGUGUUCUUCGGCUACGCGUUGACGCCUGGUUUGGGCAGUCUGGUAGCCAACACGGACUCGUACUUGCUGGGUGUCCACUUCAACAAGUUCACGUCGCCUGGCAUGAUCCUCGUGCUGUUCAACUUGCUGACGAUCAUUGGCAUGUUGACCAUCUACGACGAGUCGGUAGGCGUGCAGGACGGACCGAUCGAGUCUCCGAGAACGGCGGGUGUCAACAACACGCUGAGUGACCCGACGACAAUGCCCGAGCGCAUCGUGAACAUCGGUGCUGCGGUGUUCAUCUUCCUCAACUUUAACGCGCGCGGCAUCUUGUCAGUGUUUGAGACUGUGAACAUCCCGCUGUUCAUCGAGGCUACCGGCAGCGACCCGGAGAGCGUGAGCGCCGUGGUGGACGCGUCCAACUUCCAGUUUUAUCUCGGACUACUGGGGCUGCUGUCUUACUUCUCGAUCGAGUACUUCAGACACAGUCUGAGGGAUGUCACCUGGGUGCAGCUCGGAUUCGUCGUGCUGCUGGCGGGCAACGUGCUGCUGGUUGUGGCGCCGAGCGCGUUGUCGUUCCCACAGCUCGCGGUUGCUGAGUUCCUCGUCUGGAGUGUGGGCUGCCCGAUCACGACUGCGGUGGUGCUAGCCGCUUUCUCGAAGCUGCUUGGCGGUCGUCCACAGGGCACGCUCAUGGGGCUGCUGGGCUCUGCUGCCUCGGUGUCUCGCAUCGUGCUGCCGCUGCUUCCUGCCGCCAUUCCGACGCUGACCCCAGUGUUCUGGAUCAACAUCGUGCUGUGUGCGCUGAGCAUUGCGUCGCUGUGGUGGUACAGCCGACGAGUGCGCAAGACGAAGAUGGCGAUGCUGGCCGACGUCGAAAACGCCUUCCGAAUUGUGUCUCCGCCGAACGACCCACGGUCGCCGCUAGGAUCGGACAAGGCCGACUUCCCGGACAAGUAA